AUGUCUGCUGUUGAAAUUUCCCCUGACGUGUUGGUUUAUAAGUCUCCAUUGACGGAGCAAUCAACGGAAUAUGCAAGUAUUUCCAACAAUUCAGACCAGACCAUUGCAUUUAAAGUCAAGACCACAGCUCCAAAGUUUUACUGCGUAAGACCAAACGCCGCAGUCGUUGCCCCUGGCGAAACAGUUCAGGUUCAGGUCAUCUUUUUAGGUUUGACUGAAGAGCCUGCCGCAGACUUUAAGUGCCGUGACAAAUUCCUAGUUAUCACGUUGCCUUCUCCUUAUGACCUCAAUGGCAAGGCAGUUGCAGAUGUCUGGUCUGACUUGGAGGCCGAGUUUAAGCAACAGGCUAUCUCCAAAAAGAUAAAAGUCAAAUACUUGAUAAGUCCAGAUGUAAGUGCACCACAGAACCAGAAUAUACAGGAGGAUAACAAAGAAACUGUUAAAUCAGUCCAAGACAGUGAGCCAGAGGGAGUUCCUCCUGUGGUAAAUGAAAGUGAAGUUCCUGCUGAACCGGAAACUGAACCUCCUGUCCAAAUAAAGAAAGAAGAGGUCCCACCUGUCAUUCAAGAAACCGUUUCCCAUGAAAGUGAAAAGCAAGCUUCUAACAGCACUUCAGCACCAAAAAACCAAAUAAAGGAAGCCGCUAAUCUGCCUGCAGAAAAUGAAUCGUCCAGCAUGGGUAUAUUCAUAUUGGUUGCGCUCCUUAUCUUGGUUUUAGGUUGGUUCUACAGAUAA